GUUCACGUUCCUUGACUGCAGGUGACGACAGAUACAAAUAAAAUGGCACUGACUCAGAUUAUACUAGAAGGCAUUCUAAACAAUCUGACCACACUAUUGGUGUUUCUUGUGGUAUUCAUACUACUUUGGAAAUAUCUACAGCCAAGUCCCUAUAACUUUCCACCAAUGCCCAGCUGGAAAAUACCUUUUCUGGGUCAUUUGUCCUUCUUCAAUUUGAAAACACAUGGUGAAAAGGACUUCUGGCAAGCUGCCAAAAACCUGAAAAGUUCCACAAUUGCAGUUAAACUUGGCCCAAUGACCAUUGUAAUACUGCACAAGUAUGAGGACAUGAAGGAAUGUUUCAUGAGUGACAACUUCACGGGGAGGGGAAGGGUCAUGUUGGAAGAGCUGGUGUUUAAUGGAUUGCUACGGGAUGGACCUCGGUGGAAAGAACAGCGCAGAUUUGCAUUGUCCGCACUCAGAGAUUUGGGACUUGGUAAAAAUCGCAUGGAGCAGAAAAUCCAGGAUGAAUGCCUCUAUUUAACAAAAACAAUAGAAGAAUACAAUGGGAAACCUUUUGACCCAACAACCAUAACAAACACAGCAACGUCCAAUAUCAUAUGCUCGAUGGUUUUUGGUCACAGAUUCGAAUAUUCUGAUCAGUCAUUCAAGCGACUGAUGUUCUUAAUGAAUGAAAACUUCAACGAUAAUUUGAGAAAGGCCAUGUUGAGUGAGAUGAUACCUGGAACAAAAUACAUACCAGGAGAUUUUUUCCGUAUGAAACGGCUCAAGAAGAAUCUUGAUGAGAUCAAAGAGACAUUUCUUCAGCCAGAGUUUGAGCAGCAUUUGAAGACAUAUGAUCCAAACAAUAUUGAAGAUUUUAUCCAUGCAUUCAUUCAUGAACAGAAGGCAAGGGAGGAAAGCACAGAACAACACUGGUUUAAUAAACAACAGCUGAUGUGGAACAUAGAUGACCUGUUUAAUGCUGGGACAGAAACUACAGCCUCGACACUCAGAUGGUCAAUACUGUGCAUGCUUCACAAUCCUAAUGUUUACAAAAAAGUGCGAGCAGAAAUCUUGGAUACAAUUGGGCCAGACAGGCCAGUGACUAUGGGAGAUAAGAGGCUACUCAGCUAUACAGAGGCGACAAUCAAUGAAAUACAGAGAAUGCAUCUGAUUGCGCCAAUGGGGGGACUUCAUAGUAAUGAAUACACAACUGAAUUUAAGGGCUACAAACUGCCUCCCAAUACUGGGAUCCUUGUGAACAUUUAUGCCAUCCACCAUGAUCCUGAUCACUGGGAUGAACCAUUCAAAUUCAAACCAGAGAGAUUUAUUGGACCUGAUGGAAAUUUCCAGAAGGAUGACCACAUUGUUCCUUUCUCUCUUGGUAAACAUUCCUGUAUUGGAGAGGGUCUUGCUAGGAUGGAAAUCUUUUUGUUCUUCGUGACAUUGAUGCAAAAAUUCACAAUUAAAUCACCUGAUGGGCAUCCUCUCCCUCCUAUGGAGGGAACUGGGGGAGGAACAAAUGCACCCAAACCAUAUGAAGUGUGCUUUAUAAGAGACUAAAAUGGCAUUAUUCAAUGAUGGAUUUUUUCAUCCAAAAAGGAGGAGCCAGGACAAUGCUGUACAUGUUAAUAAAGAAUGUGUAUGAAAGAUUGA